GAUCUUCAGAGCGGAAACUGCCCUUCACAAGCAUGGCAGCCAGGGCGGGGCCAAACUUCUCUGGACUUGAGAAAAGGGGCUGAGCGCCGAGAACAAGCGGUCAUGUGACUGGAAAGAUGGCUGUGUUUCCCUGGCACUCCCGGAACAGGAACUACAAAGCGGAGCUGGCAUCUUGUAGGUUGGAGACAGUGCCCCUGGAGUGUGGGGACUACCACCCACUGAAGCCCAUCACUGUUACUGAGUCAAAGACAAAGAAGGUGAGCCGUAAAGGAAGCACUUCAUCCACAUCCUCCUCCUCUUCCAGCUCCGUGGUCGACCCUCUGAGCAGUGUCCUUGAUGGCACCGACCCCCUCUCCAUGUUUGCAGCCACCUCAGACCCUGCAGCCUCAGGGACAGUCACAGACAGCUCCAGAAAAAAACGUGAUAAGGAUGACAACUCCUUCGUGGGACCUGAUUUUGAGCCUUGGGCCAACAAACGGGGAGAAAUCCUUGCCCGGUACACGACUACAGAGAAGCUCUCAAUUAAUCUGUUUAUGGGAUCAGAAAAAGGCAGAGCCGGGGCUGUGGCUUCUGCCAUGUCAGAGAAGGUUCGGACACGCCUGGAAGAGUUGGAUGACUUUGAGGAGGGAUCCCAGAAGGAGCUGUUGAACCUGACCCAGCAGGAUUAUGUGAGCCGCAUAGAGGAGCUCAACCAGUCCCUGAAGGAUGCCUGGGCCUCGGACCAGAAAGUGAAGGCUCUGAAGAUUGUCAUCCAGUGUUCAAAGCUGCUGUCAGACACGAGCGUUAUUCAGUUCUACCCAAGCAAAUUUGUCCUUAUCACUGACAUCCUUGAUACGUUUGGAAAGCUGGUCUAUGAGCGCAUCUACUCCAUGUGUGCGGACAGCCGAAGCGCUUUACCAGAUCACUUUUCCCCAGAGAACGUGAACGACACAGCCAAGGAAACAUGCCUGAAUUGGUUUUUCAAGAUCGCUUCCAUCCGGGAACUCAUUCCAAGAUUUUACGUGGAAGCAUCCAUCCUGAAGUGUAACAAAUUCCUCUCCAAAACAGGCAUUUCAGAGUGCCUGCCCCGACUGACCUGCAUGAUCAGAGGGAUUGGGGACCCGCUCGUGUCCGUGUACGCCCGGGCCUACCUGUGCCGGGUGGGGAUGGAAGUGGCCCCGCACCUCAAGGAAAGCCUCAAUAAGAACUUCUUUGACUUCCUGCUUACAUUUAAACAGAUUCACGGAGACACUGUCCAGAAUCAGCUGGUGGCCCAGGGUGUGGAGCUGUUGUCCUAUCUCCCUCUGUACUCGCCUGCCAUGGGUUGGAUCUUCCAGUGUGUCUCCUACCAUGCCCCUGAGGCUUUGCUGAUGGAGAUGAUGGAGAGAUGUAAGAAACUCGGCAACAAUGCUUUGCUCUUGAACUCCGUGAUGUCAGCUUUCAGGGCUGAGUUCAUUGCCACCAGGUCUAUGGACUUCAUUGGCAUGAUUAAAGAGUGCGAUGAGUCUGGCUUCCCCAAGCAUCUCCUUUUUCGUUCGCUGGGGCUAAACUUGGCCUUGGCUGAUCCUCCUGAGAAUGAUCGACUUCAGAUUCUCAAUGAAGCUUGGAAAGUCAUCACUAAAUUGAAGAAUCCACAGGACUACAUUAACUGUGCGGAGGUGUGGGUAGAGUACACCUGCAGGCAUUUCACGAAACGAGAAGUGAACACUGUUCUGGCUGAUGUCAUCAAGCAUAUGACUCCGGAUCGAGCAUUUGAGGACUCCUAUCCCCAGCUUCAGUCAAUAAUUAAGAAAGUCAUAGCCCACUUCCACGAUUUCUCAGUUCUUUUCUCAGUGGAAAAGUUUCUGCCAUUUCUGGACAUGUUCCAGAAAGAGAGUGUGCGGGUGGAGGUUUGCAAGUGCAUCAUGGAAGCCUUUAUCAAUACAGGUGUGGAGGUCAGAGGAAACAAGCACCAGCAGGAGCCAACCAAGGACCCUGUCAUCCUGAAUGCCCUUAUGCACAUUUGCAAGACCAUGCACGACUCUGUGAACGCUCUCACUUUGGAGGAUGAGAAGAGGAUGCUGGCCCACUUGAUCAAUGGAUUUAUAAAAAUGGUCUCCUUCGGUCGUGAUUUUGAACAGCAGCUCAGCUUUUAUGUUGAGUCCAGGUCGAUGUUUUGUAACCUGGAGCCUGUUCUUGUCCAGUUGAUUCAUAGUGUGAACCGGUUGGCAAUGGAAACAAGAAAAGUCAUGAAGGGGAACCACUCCAGAAAGACAGCUGCAUUUGUCCGGGCCUGUGUUGCCUACUGCUUCAUCACCAUUCCCUCCCUGGUGGGGAUCUUUACCCGCCUCAACCUCUACCUGCAUUCUGGUCAGGUUGCCUUGGCCAACCAGUGCCUCUCCCAAGCUGAUGCUUUUUUCAAAGCUGCCAUUGGCCUCAUUCCAGAAGUCCCAAAGAUGAUAAGCAUUGAUGGGAAGCUGCGGCCAUCGGAGCCCUUCCUCCUGGAGUUCCUGUGCAAUUUCUUCUCCACGUUAUUGAUUGUGCCGGAUCAUCCAGAACAUGGAGUCCUAUUUUUGGUUCGAGAACUUCUCAACGUGAUUCAGGACUACACCUGGGAGGACAAUAGUGAUGACAAAAUCCGAAUCUACACCUCUGUCCUGCACCUGCUGUCUGCUAUGAGCCAGGAUACCUAUCUUUACCACAUAGACAAAGUUGACUCCAAUGACAGCCUGUACGGGGGCGACUCCAAGUUCCUGGCUGAGAACAGCAAGCUAUGUGAGGCGGUCAUGGCUCAGAUCCUGGAGCACCUGAAAACCCUGGCCAAGGACGAGGCCCUGAAGCGACAGAGCUUGCUGGGCCUCUCCUUCUUCAAUAGCAUCCUAGCCCAUGGGGACCUUCGUAACAAUAAGCUGAACCAACUCUCCGUCAACCUGUGGCACCUGGCACAGAGGCACGGCUGUGCAGACACAAGGACCAUGGUGAAGACUCUGGACUACAUCAAGAAGCACAGCAAGCAACCUGGCAUGAGUCACCUGACAGAGCUGGCCCUGAGGCUCCCUCUGCAAACCAGGACCUGAGUACUUGCCUUGGGGCCCCAGUGCCACUGUCCGGAAGACCUGCUUACCCUGCCAUUAACUCCUCCUGGAAUUUAGUUUUUAUUUUUCCUUUUGUACAGGUUGAUUUAAAGCUUUUGCCUUCUGACUAUUCUGACAGCAGAGGGGCAAUUGACAGCAUUAAAACCCAAUCUUGUUCUUCAUA